AUUAUAAACUAAAAGGGGUCACCAAGUUUUGCCGCACUGGGAACUUAGGACUGUACUCAAAACUCAAAAGAGCAGCCGGCCUUAAGGUAUGAUUCUGUCAUUCUGUCCGCAGUUGAUUUUGAAGAUCUGGGUUGUGAAUAUUUCAGCUUUUCUUCCUCUGGGUACAACUGAAAUUUUUUGAAAUUUUGAUAUUAAAAGCUUGUGUUUUGGAAAUGUUAUGUUCUGAUGUUGUAUUCUUAGCUAAAAGGAUUUCUGCCUUAUCAGUGUUCAUAGGUUCAUAGCAGAUAAAUACUUAGAAAUUUGCGAUAUGUUUGAAUGCUGGAAGCAAAGAUUGUUCUUGAAAGCCCUUUUAAGUCUGUAUUCUCUAUUAGUUAGAAGGAAGUAAUGUUUUCGAUAAGCCUUGUACUAAAUUUCCGGAGUAUUUGCUUCUACUGAAGUAAGACGUUAUCUUUCUUCUACUGUUCAAUAACUAAUUAUGUAAUUUACUUUUGAUUUGGCGGAUUAAAAAGGCUGGUAUCGCUGUUUAACUUAAUCGGUAAAAAUGUAUGUGAUUGUGGUGCCGUAUCAACUAUUGUGGGUAUGUUUAAUCUUAAUCAGGGAGCAAAUAUCUUGCUUGAAGACGUUUCAAUUAUCUGUUAUGUUGGUAUUUUGUUUUGAUCUUUCUGAAAAGAGGGUAAGGUCUGUUUUUUUAUUUUAUUUUAUUUAUUUAUUUUUUUUUUAGGAGAAUUUCAUAUAAAAAACAGAUAAGGUUGCUCUUUGGACUCUGUCAGAAAGUUGAGUCAUACCAGGUGUGUCUGUUUAUGACUGUAGAUGAGAAAAAUUUUCAACAUGGAAGCCUCUAAGGAACUCAUAGAAUUGGCUUUCUUUUAUUUAGUUGAUGGCUAACUCCAUGAGAUUAAUGACUACUUAAAAUUUAGAUGCUUAUAUAAUUUUAUUUAGCAAUACUAAUGGAAGAGAAGUGUGGUAUCGCCAAUGACGUCACAGAAUUGAUAGGAAACACGCCGAUGGUCUAUCUGAACAAUGUUGUGGAUGGUUGUGUUGGCCGCAUUGCUGCGAAAUUGGAGAUAAUGGAGCCAUGCUCAAGUGUAAAAGACAGGAUUGCAUAUAGUAUGAUAAAAGAUGCAGAAGAUAAGGGCCUUAUAACCCCUGGGAAGACGGUUCUUCUUGAAGUAACCAGUGGUAACACGGGCAUUGGUCUUGCAUUCAUUGCGGCAUCUAGGGGCUACAAACUUAUAAUAGUUAUGCCACAUACAUAUAGCCUCGAGAGGAGGACCAUUCUCCUUGCUUUUGGAGCUGAAUUGCACCUCACUGAUAGCGCUAAAGGUCUAGAAGGUGUUCUCCAGAAAGCCAAUGAACUAAUGGAGGCAACACCCAAUUGCUAUUUUCUCAAACAAUUUGAGAAUCCAGCUAAUCCAAAGAUACAUUAUGAAACCACUGGACCAGAGAUUUGGGACAGCACAGAAGGAAAAGUAGACGCCAUUGUGGCAGGAAUUGGAACUGGAGGUACAGUCACUGGCGCAGGAAGGUUUCUAAAGGAGAAAAAUCCAAUGAUUAAAGUGUAUGGUAUUGAACCUGCUGAGAGUGCAGUUUUGAGUGGAGGAAAACCAGGUUCACAUAAAAUCCAAGGAAUUGGUGCUGGCUUCAUCCCUCCUGUCUUGGACAUUAGUAUCCUUGAUGAAGUUAUUCAAAUAUCCAGUGAUGAAGCUAUUGAAAUGACAAAACUUCUUGCGCUGAAGGAAGGUUUGCUUGUGGGAAUUUCCUCAGGGGCUGCUGCAGCUGCUGCAAUUAAGCUGGGAAGCAGGGCUGAAUAUGCUGGAAAACUCAUUGUAGUAGUUUUUCCUAGUGCUGGGGAACGUUAUCUGUCAACAGUCCUGUUUGAUUCCUUGAGGAAGGAGGCUGAAAACAUGACCUUUGAGUGA